GCCAAGGAUAUGGCCAAAAUGCAGCACCAGCUCAAGCAACUCCUUGCAGAGAACAAGAAGCUCAAGAAGUGCAGCGGCAAGUCCUCGGACAUGGAGAUUGAUGAAGGUGAACAUGGAGACAACGUGGCGGCGUCUUCAUCGGUCGCGCAGCGAACGGAGCUGCAGGCGAAGAUCUCCAAGUACGAGCAGACCAUCAAGAUGUACAAGGACGAUGGCGAGGACGAGCUGGUGCGCGACCUUCAGAAGAAGCUGGAGGCGACCAAGCUGCAGGUCCAGUUGCUGCGCACGCCCGCUAUGGCCCACAAACAGUGCACGCAGAAGCUUCAACGGGUCCAGAAGCAGAUCAGCAGGGCGAAGCAUGACCUGCAGUCCCUGCAGCAGAAGCUGGAGAAGGUUCAGAAGGAGCUGGACGAGAAGAAGGAUUUCCUGGAGAGCAAGAUCGGCGAGGAGCAGGUCCUCUCGGUGCAGCUCGCUGGGCACGCGGCGAAGCUCAGUGGCACGGCAGACGCUGGCAUGGAAGUGCCCCCCGACAGAUUGCGGCUUGACCCCGAGCUUCACCAGCUCAAGUCGGACCCUGACCUGCUGCAGUUCUACACCUCGUUCUCGGCGAACCCCCUGUUCGCCAAGAUGGAGGAGCUGUACAGGCAGAACAUGGCGGCCAAACUUGCUCAG